AUCUCAGAUGGCCACCAUGGAAUAUAUAACAACAGGCUUCUGGCAUACGUGAUGCAGAGUCAACUUCAACUUAUGAAUCACUUGUUGCCUCUGGCACCAUGGAUGAUGCUGCAAUCCUUAAAAAGAGAGGCUACAUCGUGGGGGGAAAUUUAGGAGAAGGGUCUUAUGCUAAAGUGAAAUCUGCCUACUCUGAUCGACUGAAAUUUGAUGUAGCAGUAAAGAUCAUAGACCGGAAAAAAGCUCCUCGUGACUUCCUGGAAAGAUUUCUCCCCAGGGAAAUAGAGAUUUUAGCAAAAGUGAAUCACUGCUCCGUGGUCAAGACCUAUGAGAUUUUUGAGACAUCUGAUGGCAAAGUCUACAUCGUGAUGGAGCUGGGUACAAAAGGAGACUUACUGGAGUACAUCAAGAGCAAAGGGGCUUUGACUGAAGAUGUAGCUCGCAAGAUGUUUCGCCAGCUGUCUUCUGCCAUCAAGUACUGCCAUGAUUUGGAUAUUGUCCACAGGGACUUGAAAUGUGAGAACCUCCUUCUAGACAAAGACUUUAAUAUCAAACUGUCAGACUUUGGCUUUUCCAGACGACUGACUCGAGAUGAAAAUGGCAAAGUUAUUCUCAGUAAAACCUUCUGUGGUUCUGCUGCGUAUGCAGCCCCUGAAGUGUUACAAGGCAUUCCCUAUCAGCCUAAGAUUUAUGACAUAUGGAGUCUGGGUGUCAUUUUGUAUAUAAUGGUCUGUGGAUCAAUGCCAUAUGACGACUCAAACAUUAGAAAAAUGCUAAAGAUUCAGAAAGAACACAGAGUGCACUUUCCCAAGUCCAAAAACUUGACAGUUGACUGCAAAGAUCUUAUUUACCGUAUGCUGCAGCCAGACGUGGCUCGGAGGUUGCACGUAGAUGAGAUUUUAAAUCAUAUUUGGAUGCAGACUCCAAAAUCCAGAGUUCCUUCAGCAACUUCAUUUGUAAAAGAGGGAGAGUGUUCUCAGAAUCUUGGCAAGUUGAAGUCAGAGCACAAACAGGAAAUAGAACCCCUGGGGGAAUCUAAGCCAGAUAGACCAGAUUACAAAACUGAGUCUAAAGCAGCGCCCAGAUUAGAGGCAGUACCGGAAGCAGAGGAUGCUGUUCCCGAGGAAGAACAAGCAGAAGUUAACGACCUGACAGAUGAAAUGCAAAGAACAGGGACCACAAAUGGUGAUGACUAA